CACACUGGCAAGAAGAAGAGGGCAGCGGGUGUCUUCAGGGUUGCUGAAAAGGCCUGGGAAUUCCUUGAAACUAGAGUUCCUCAGUUCCUUGUUUCUGUCGCAUGCUCCUGGAAACAGAGUAAAACUACUAAGGAAAUUAGCCAUUCCCCAAAACACCUGGAAAAGAACUGAAAUCUACAAACAACUUAUAAGACAAUGCUUGCUGUGAUACUAUAAAGACCCAAUUACUGAACCAAAAGAUUCUACCUCUUUUCAAGACCUCAGCCAAUUACGAACUAUCAACACAGAUAAUUUAUAUCUAAGGUUUUCUGAUAUCGAUGCUUCCAACGCCAGUUAGCAUGGAUACCACAGAGUUCCGAAAGAAAGGGAAAGAGAUGGUGGACUACAUUGCGGAUUACUUUGAGCAGUUAGAUAAGAGACAGGUGUAUCCUGAUGUGGAACCGGGAUACCUGAGACCCCUCAUUCCAGACUCUGCACCUCAGGACCCUGAGAGCUUUGAGGAUGUCCUUAAAGAUGUUGAAAGGAUAAUCAUGCCAGGGAUAACCCACUGGCACAGUCCAUACUUUUUUGCCUACUUUCCUACAGCCAGUUCUUUCCCAGCUCUUCUUGCUGAUAUAUUGUCUGGUGGCAUAGGAUGCGUGGGCUUCUCCUGGGCUGCAAGUCCAGCUUGCACAGAGCUGGAGACAGUCAUGCUGGAUUGGCUGGGAAAGAUGAUUAAUUUGCCUGAAGAGUUUUUAGCUGGGAAGGACAGCGAAGGUGGAGGAGUCAUUCAGGGCAGUGCCAGCGAGGCUACUUUGGUUAUGUUGCUUGCUGCCAGAACAAAAACAAUCAGACGUGUCCAAUCAGAAAACCCAGAGCUAAGAGAGGCAGACAUCCUGAGCAAGCUGGUGGCCUAUGCAUCUGAUCAGGCCCACUCAUCAGUGGAAAAGGCAGGAUUAAUUGGUGGAGUGAAGAUUAAAAAUAUCCCUUCAGAUGAUAAAUUCAGUGUUCGCGGAUCAGCCCUAAAGAAAGUUUUGCAUGAAGACAGAGCUGCUGGUCUUAUCCCAUUCUUUUUUUGUGCAACACUCGGAACCACACCUUGUUGCUCCUUUGACAGACUGAUAGAACUGGGUCCUAUUUGCAAUAAGGAGAAUAUCUGGAUGCAUAUUGAUGCAGCGUAUGCAGGGAGUGCUUUCAUCUGCCCUGAAUUCCGACAUCUUCUAAAUGGCGUGGAGUUUGCAGAUUCAUUUAACUUUAACCCUCACAAAUGGCUCCUAGUGAAUUUUGACUGCUCUGCUAUGUGGGUGAAGAAGAGAUCAGACUUAACAAAUGCCUUUAAAUUAGAUCCUCUUUACCUUCAGCAUUGCCAUCAGGAAUCUGGGCUUGUUACAGAUUACAGGCAUUGGCAGAUCCCUCUCGGCCGAAGAUUUCGUUCCCUGAAAAUGUGGUUUGUGUUUAGAAUGUAUGGAGUCAAGGGACUACAGGAGUACAUCCGAAAGCAUGUAAAACUGUCACAUGAAUUUGAAAACUUGGUACUUCAGGAUAAACGAUUUGAGAUCUCUGCUGAGGUCACACUGGGACUGGUGUGCUUCCGACUAAAGGGCUCCAAUGAACUAAAUGAGGCACUUCUUAAAAGCAUAAAUGAUGCCAGGAAGAUCCAUCUGGUUCCAUGUCACCUGAGAGAGAAGUUUGUGCUACGUUUUGCCAUUUGUUCCCGCACAGUGGAGUCUGCCCAUAUCCAAUUUGCCUGGAAGCACAUCUCAAAGCUAGCAACUGAACUUCUGAAAGCACAGGACAAGCAGCAGCCAUGAAGAAUGGGGGUGGGGUGAGGGGUGUUAAUUUGGCAGCAUGGAGAAAAAUCAAUUUUCUUUAGUGGGAGUGGGAAUUAUGAGAGGGGGAAUGUAGCUAUUGAUAUUAUAUGGCCCAGCUACGCUAGCAAAAUUACUGUCAGCAAAUUAUGUUGUAACAUGGUCUCCUGACUGCAUUGUACCAUGAUUUGGACUUAGUGUUAUAUGGAUGGAACCAGGCGGUGCUAACAAUGCGAUGUUAACAAGCAGUAUUAUGGCCCUGUAAAAAUUAGGGCAGUAUAGAGUUCUAUAAAUGGUUUUAACACUGUUUAUUCUUGCCUAUGUAGACAGGACCAAAUUACCUUAUUAUAAUACAGUUGGAGCACUAUCCUAUUACAAGUCUAUUUGUUACCAUGGUAGUUUUGCAAGUGGCCCUUGGAGACAUCUGCUUUCCUAGGUGGCAGAGCCAGUGGUAAGAAAGGAAUUAGAGGAACUCUAAUAGCUCCUAAUGUAACAAUUUUUUAUGUAGAUUCCUCUACCUUCCCUUAAAAAGGGUUUGUUAUUUGGAGGCAGCCAUCCUCUUAAAAUGCAUUGUUCUGCAUAUUGCUAAUUCUGUUUGCCUACAUAGGUACUUCUAUAGCUUACAUCAGUGUAACAUCUGACUGCCUAACAGGUGCUGCAAGAACUAGGGUACCAGAAACACUUUUAAACUAAGGAAUAUGCACAUUUUAUUUGGAUUUGACUUCAAUAAUAAAAUGUUUAUAGACCUGAUGUCACUGGAAUAUAGUGCCAGCCUUUUGGCAGGUAGGGGAACCAAUACAAACCUUUAAAUAGUGAAACCAAUAGGUAUUUAAAUUUAAAGGGGUUUGUUCUCCUGACCCUAAUAGGGCAAGGAAAGAAUAGACUGUUUCCUCACUCCCACCUCCCCUCCCCACACACCACCAGUUCCCACCGUGUAAUUCUUUGAACAUUUAAGAAUCCACUCCACUUAGAUGAAAAAUUGACCUAAAUACAGAAACCACUGCUCAGUCCAACUAGCUGGGUGGGGUUCUGGGAAGAAGCAGGGGUGGAGGACCCACUCUGCCCUCCUGGGCUGAAGUAUAUUCUAUGUAUCCUUACAUCCCCUAUGGGAUGGGAAGGGAGAACAGGAGAAUCUGCACAGACUGAGAUCAUUUGGCCCUUUCCCCAGGCACCCCAUUCCCUGCUCUCUUUUGCUCUUUGGGGGUACAUAUCCCCUCUACAAUCUUCCCAUUUUCUCCCUGUAGCUGGAUCUGCUGCCAAUGAUCCUACAGUGGUCAUGCUUUAAAUGUUUCUGUUGGUUUGAUAGACUUUACGUUGAGGGACAAUUUCCUACAAAUUGGUAGAAAUGUUUUAAGUGUGAGUGAUUAUUAAAAUUAAUUUACAUUGAAAUGAUUUUUAAAAAAAUCAUUAACGGUUAACAUCUCAGAAUAUUGAACAGCAAAAUUAUUAAAGUACGAAUUUACUUUCUAUCGUUUCUACCAUUUGAGUACAUGUUUGUAAUUUCCCAGACUGGACCAUGAAAAUAGCCUGGUCAGUUUUGUUCUCAUAUUCUCAUGUACCAGCACAAUGCUACUGUUCUGGGAUUUCUAACACAUCAAAUACAUGUUUUACAAUCUUUCAUUAAAAGAAAAAAAAUUAAAUCUUGAAAACAGAUAGGUUUACACAUAUUUAAAAACAGAAAAAUUAUAUUUGAGACUAACCUACUUAAAUCUAUAUCAUACUUACAGCAAUGUAAGCCUGAAAAAUUCAUUUGCUUUGAAGCCACAUAGAUGACCAUUAAUUACUAUGGUCUCUCUCAGGCAUUGUUCAUCAUAUAAAUUAUUAUCAAUGAUUAAAAGGGGAUUGGGCUGUCUUUGAAUUAUAUUUUAUGAUGAAUUAAAAAAAAUCAGUCUACUUCAUAUUGAUACAUCUUGAAAUGCUGUGUAAGGAUUUCAUCUGUAAUCGUAAUCUGUGCACUACCUGACACUUUCCAUGAAAUCACCAUAUUCCCUCUGUAUUUCUAAAUUCAUUUCUGAGGAAAUGAUUUACUUGAGGAAAAAUCUGUAAACUAUGUUGUGUGACAUGAUGCUAUGUGGUCUUUAAAGCGGCUAAUUUAUGUGGUGUAAUGUGUAAUAAACCUCUUAGACAUAAUACCACUGUAAUUGUGAUUGUAAAAUGUUGCUCCUGUUCCCACAUUAGUCAAAGAUGAUUUAUUGUUGAAUCACUGUCUGUUUUUGUUCCAUCCACUGUAACUUCAGAGUAUGAAAUAUUACUUUCAGAAAUGUAAUCCAUAAAUAUAAUUCAAGGUCCAUGUUGAAAAUAUGUGCCUAUGAUUCUGAUAAACCCACAGAAUAAAGGAAAUGUGCAGUUCAAGCACUCCAUCAUUAUGUUAUCCUAUAAAACUUAAAUAUUGCAGGGGAUGAGCCCCAGGACCACUGAUCAUAUUAAGACUCUUAUUUAGAAUAUGAAUUCCAGACUGCCGUUUCUGGGGUAAACUAAAAGAAUAAAUGGAUAUCAAAGGAGCUUGAAUUCCCUAGAUCUGGAUGUUUAAAAAAAACUGAUUUCAAAUGCAACAAAGAGAAAGAAGAUAUGGUAAAUCAGUCUGAAACACCAGGCACCAUUCAGACAGGUGACUGAGCCACUGUGCAAAACAUUGCUCUUGGCUACAUUAUUAUAAAUUCAGAGUAACUUCACUGACUUAAGUGGAGUUCAAGUGGAAUUUUAAGGGUAUAUGUAAGCACAGAAUGUGGUGCACUGUGUACAGAUGAUCAAUAGAUUGAGUGAAACUGAGGAUUUUAACUGUCAUAUUGUUCCUCUUAAGUGUUCACUUAAAAAAAUACAUUAUUCUGGUCUCAAAACCAAGGAAGCCGCUUUGUCUUCUGGCUACCUAACCAAUAAGUCUCUCAUACUGAAAUAAUUUUUACAGGCUUCACAUUAGAAAACACUUGUUUGGUAACCAGAGAAGAAUUACAGCUCCUCCACCAGAUGGACCAAUAUUUUUGUGAGGUAAGUAGAUAAACAGCUCUGUGGAGGACAAGACAGGUCAGAUUCUGAUGUUGGGUAUGGUAGGGUAAAUCCAAGAUAAUUCCACAGAAAUCAGUGGAGUUGCCUGGGUUUACUACUGUAACUGAAAUUAAAACCUGUCUCAUAGUAACUGAAUGGGAAAAGCAUAGUGGAAGGAAACACUGCACAGAGCAUGAAUUUUUACUAGACCUGGUCAGAAAAUUUCUGACAAAAUGAAAUUUCAUUGAGAAACAAAUACAUUUUAACCAAAAAGUUGUUUCCAUGCAGCUCUAAUCCAAAUACUAAGUAAUCAUUUUGAAAAAGUAUAGCCAUUUUUAUAACGGAAAUUAUUCUAAAUGUAGUAAAAAUAUUUUUAAAAAAUAAGAGAUUUUGCUCCAAUUGCUUUUUUUAAAACAAGAAGUUAAAGGUCUGUAGAUUUAUAGUGCCCCUUACUUAGCAUCAAGCGGAAAUCUGUAUUUCAUAUUUACUUGUUUCUAAAUGACAGGGGUGAUGUGACUUGUUAUAAUUCAUAAGGAAAAGGUGAAGGCUUUUUUCACACCUUCCUGUACCCUAUUUUUCCUUGGAAGAUAAAGGGUGGGUAGUUAAGGAAGGUAUUAUUGUUGCCUUGAAGUCCUGACAUUACUUUAUUGAAAAAAAUAUACUUUGCCAUGUAAUCAAUUUAAGAACAAAAGCAUCAUUUGUGAAAACUAGGUGAUUAGAAGAAACACCAUAACCAGGGUGUUACUCUUAUGCAGCUAUAAAAUCCAUUUGUGGGUGAAAUGGCUUCUAGAAACCAAUGCUGGGUCAAGGCGUGAACCCAGAUCUGUUGUGCCUUUUCUUCAAAAGCUGACACAAUCUGUGUUGAUUCAUGUUGUUUAACAUUGAUGAUGAUUAUGAAGCCUAGAAAGAGCACUUUAGCAGAAUAUCCAGAUUCCACAGGAUAUAAUGUAGCUGCUGGAUGAGAGGGAAAAUAACAUUAAUCAGGCAAUUUUGAAUAACCUUUUGGAUUUUUCUUAGCUAGUACAAUAUGUACAUUCUUACCGUGAUAUUAGAUUCAAAUAUAUUUUAUUACCGAUUAUAACAUAUUUUAAAACACUGAUUAUUGCUAAUAUGUAAUACACUUGACUGCUUUAAAAUUAUAACAGUUCUACUGUUCCCCUCUUGCCUUCUAGUACUAGAUUCUGUUCAUCAGUUAUUUUUCUUUGUUGUAAACUGCAAAUGUACCAUAUUCUGUGAGUGUUAUCAAUAUAACUUUUUCCCUCAUCCCACCGGUUUGUCUUCUAUAACCAGCUAGACACCCUUACAGUUGAAAUGCUCAAGGACAGGAGCUAAAACACAAGUGAGAACAAAAAAGUUGAAAAAUUGAAGAUAAGGGGGAAAAAAAUCUCACUAGAAUAACAUAAAUGAUGGUUAGUGCCUAACUAGAAUACCUUGAGUGGCUUGACUUUGUUUGGAAAAUGUUUAGAUUCUUGGUGUCUCUUAGUUGUAUGUUGUGUGGAUAGAAAGCCUCUUGUACUUGAAGUCUGUAUCCAAAGCCUAUUAACCAAACAUGCAGGGUUUACUGACAACAUUAAUAAACAAAAAUUAAGUAA